CUUCAGACGCAUUCACAGCCUCGCGCCAAGGCAGUGUAAUGUGUGUGAUUAUCGAUACUUCGAUUGAACUACCGCACCGCAGUUUUUGGAACAAGCCGCCUUUCACGGCAUGUUUGUCUUACGUGGACGCCAGUUCUUGUCACUCUUUCACUUGCAAGCUUGACCACCAUUGUUCAACAUGGAGAUGGGUAUCGUGCAAGUCGCAGCGAACGGGAAGCUACCAUCAGGGGACCAGUAUCGACUUACCCUCGAAGAAUAUCAAGCCCUGGAACAAGCACCUCUGAAGCUUAGAGAGAAGGGACCUCUGUACAGCAAAUUACCAUGGACCUUGAUGACCCUGGCCGAAGCGGAAAAGAACGUCAAAGAGUACAACGACACGAUCUCGGACUCUUGGGCACAGCUACACCGUAUCCUCGAGCGGAGAGAGGCUGCACUUCGAAAGAGAUGGUUGAAGAAGACGAAAGAGCAACGCACAACGAUCUUGCUGGCUGCAUGGCCUGGAAUGCCCAAAGUGCAUCGACCAGAUUUCCAGGCAAUCUUGAAACAUAAUAGCGUCAGAGGAACCAGCAGCAGCAGGGCGAUCAUCGAUACAGCACUCUUCAAGUGGCCCUUCAUCAAUCUCGAGGACUUACUAUAUGGGAAAACACUGUUGCUCUUCUUGAAUUCUCGAGGACGGAAUUCGCCGGAGGUGUUUGCUCAUACUGAUAUGGCGAGCACCCGUCCAGGACGAGGCAUGAUGUACCUCAGAGUGGUGGGCCUUGCUGGAUUUACCUUGAUGAUCACGGGCAAUGUAUCUCAAGGAACCUAUGGACGGAUUUUACCAGUGCAGCCUUCCGAGCAUAAUUCGAUCUGGCACUUUGACGCUGGUGACGGACUAUUACUCCUGGAAAUCCAAGCCGGAAUCCUGACGUUCCUUCUCCGAUGCUGCCACCAGAUCUUCCACGACAUCUCGCCAGAAGAGAUCUCAAGCACGACUCUCUCAGUACAACCACAGCCAGAGCCUCUGGCCACGAACAGUAUGUCCUAUCUGCAGAUGGCCGAGGCUGCUGCGGAAGCUCCGUACAAAGCACCAACAAAUCUCGACACCAACAGGCUCGUGCAACUCAUCGAAGCUAGACGAAUGGCAGCAGAAGAGCACGUCUUGGACUUGAGGGAGGACCCCGGUUAUGUCGCAACUAUUGUUGCGGACGUGGCUUUGCAUCUUAAAGAGAAGGAGAUUCUCGACACUGGGCGCACUGACCCCUCACAUGCUCCGAUGUACUGGAUGCAAGCUCUAUGGCACACAGUCGAUGAAGCGUAUUUGUUGCUGACGUUUUGGGAUACCUUGUAUCAGGUGGCCUCAAAACUACACACAUCGGCUGGUGGUAGCCUUGCAGAACUUGACCCAACGAAACCCUUGCCGCCUGACCAACUGAUUCUGUUCUCCGAACUCGCCAGCACUACCCAAAGUCUCAUGUCCAGCUUCUUGGGUGCUUUGGGCAUGAGAGUGACAACAUCACCAGACAUACAAAGACAUUUGUCAAAAGCCAAGAAUGCAGCCACACAGGACAAGGGCAAACUUCUGCAAUUGCUAAGAUUUGAAGCAGAUCAGUCUUGGUUGUUGUUCUCUUUGAUGUUUCACCAAAAAUAUAAGCAUGACUUGAGCGCCAUCGGCAUUGAAACAGUGGUGGAUGAGUUGCAGAGAAUCUUCGACAAAGACACUCAGCAGAGAGACCGAUUGACCGCUACCACCCUUAUGACCUUCUCGGACCUCGCCUUGAUUACUCAUAUUGUGAAGGAGACUGCUUCUUUCUCGACCUGGACAUCGAGGUUUCGCUCUGAAAUGGGAUCCGUGUCAAAAGUCAGUCCGAGCACCGAGGACGGAGAUCUUAUUCGAAAAACCUUGAGUCCGUUGACAAACCCGCAGUCCACUGACUUUCUACUCGUCGGCCUGUUCGCACCUACCGCAAAGGAGCUCUACUAUCCGUCCGAAAAGGCUCGAACCGAAAGCAAUGUCAAGGCAAUGAGAACAGCGGAGAAAAAUCUCGAUGAGUUCUGGGCACGUGUGGACAAUCUCUUUCAGCGGGAUCAUGGAGAAACACUGCACCACAUUUUCCUGAGACUCUCAAGGAGCUCACGCAAGGUCCAGCGGACUCCUCCAUGGCAAGCCAGGGGAUCGCCUUCAACGGCAAUCGCUGUCAGUACACCGCCCGAUCUAUCGCAUCUUGCGAUUGCCGAUGAGAAGGGAACGCCACCAGUCAUCCAACGACCACGUACGAAGGUCAAGACGCGGGGAUCACCUCUGCCAUUACAGGCCAAUGCACCCCAGGCACCAGCGGAGCCCAAUGAUGCCGAAAUCCCAACGGUCAACAAUCUGUCAAAACGUGCGUUGAAGGUGUUCAGAACGAUGUUCCACACCUCUUCCAACGACGGUCAAGGAGAGGUCGAUUGGAAAGACUUCCUCCACGCAAUGACGGCGAUGGGGUUUGCUGCCGAGAAGCUUUACGGCUCUGUCUGGCACUUUACGCCAGCGGAGGCCGUCGGUGGCAGAAGCAUCAAUGUGCACGAGCCCCACCCAACGGGCAAGAUACCCUUUUACACGGCGAGGAGGAUAGGCGGGCGACUAGGUCGCACCUACGGGUGGACUGGGGAGAUGUUUGCAUCAGAUUGAGAUGACGGAAGGAGCAGGUAGUUGUACAAUCAGACAGCAAUACGAGUCGUCUUAGCCCUCGGUUGCCCACAUUUUCUAUCUCCAAUUGUGUCCCAAGAUGUGGUCGGCUCCACGUGGAGGUCGGCCAGUUCGGCUCCAAGUCCUGGGGCGAACCACCAAUGUAAGGUUCCAAGACCUCGGAGUUUACGCCGAAACACG